AUGGACGCGCGUCAGACUGCGCAGGUGAAUCAGGUCGUCGGCGCCGUCGGGAUGCCGCCGCCGCAAAGCCAGACGCAGGACGCGUGGGUCGAUCCCCAGUUCGUUAUGAUGCGCAGCAGCAUCCGAGACAAGAUAUUCGAGUAUAUAGGAAGGAAGCAAACCUCGGCUGAUUGGCGGAGGAGGUUACCCGAGCUCGCGAGGAGGCUUGAGGAAAUCUUGUUUAGAAAAUACCCAAGCAAGGCGGAGUACUACAAUAUGAUGAAGCAGCAAAUUGAGCCGCACUUGCAGUUUGCUAUCAAGCAGUUGAGUGCUCAGAACCAACAACGACAACAGAACCAACAAUUGUCAAGACAGAUAGCAUCUUCCCCUGGCUAUGGGACGAUGAUUCUGACACCUGGUAUCACACAAGGCGCAAGUGAAACUUCUAGAAUGUCUUAUGUGACAGGCAAUAUUGGCCCUUCGUCAUCUGGUGCAGGCAUGGUUCCUCUGAACGCCAACAUGGGUACCUUGCUGCCAGGGGAAGCUCCUGAUCAGCAUGUGAACACACUGCUUUCUCUGGGGAUGAACCCUACACAUCAAGAUCACCCCAGAGCCAGCAGCAACAACCUCAUGGUAGACACAGUGGACACACCUGCAACCAACAGAUUCUUGAAAUCCCGUGCACCUCUGAAGGAGAUCCGAAAGGAACCAAAGUUUAGCUGCCCAGUCUGCAUGAAUGAGCUGGUUGAUGCGUCAUCCACCAUCUGUGGCCACAUCUUCUGCCAGAAGUGCAUCCAGGCCUCCAUCCAGGCUCAGAGCAAGUGUCCGACCUGCCGUAGGACGCUAACUAUGAACAGUUUCCACCGCGUCUACCUCCCGACGAUGGACUGA